UUGGAUUGGUCGAUAAGUUGUCUGUUCCAUUCUUUUGACGAGUUGCGCAAAAAUUAGCAUUUUUGACUCUCACUCAUCACGGCUGCCAUGUUUUUUUUCAUGUGGGGUGUGUGUGUAUAAAAUAUAUCAUGUUAAUUUAACCCCAUAUAAAGUAUUACAGAUUAAAGGGGGUGCACCGAGUGCGUCAUUUGCGAAAAUAGCUAGUGACAAUGCGAUUGCACAUGCACUAGACGCGGUACCGUCGAAAAUCGAACCGCAAGCAAAGAAUACGCCAAAGAAAUUAAUGAUGUAUUAGUACGAAGGUAUUCUUAAGGAUCGAUUUUUAUCACACGGCCCACGGCAAUUGUAAAAUGGACCCUCGAUUUUUGAGCCAGAUGAUGGUGUUAGAUAACGGCAGAGAGUAUCCCGGGCAGGAUGCGUAAGCACAAGAGAGAGAGCCAGGCACUUGCCUGCAGGCCCGCCACAUCCCGAGAACGCAACCAGACUCCAAGCUCCUUCAUCUGAUACCCACACAAGCCACACAGAGGAUAUGCAGUGCUCGGUAACAUUGGAAAGAGACGUAAACAGUGGGAAAAUAGUGAAGAUGGUUAACAAUGUUAAGAAUACUAGCAAAAAGGACUACAAUCUUGACAACAUUAUUGAUCAACAGUGCACAAGAUACCAAGACAUCCAGGAACAAAGUAGCACGCUUCGUGCAGGCAUGCCCACUUGUUCAGUGGACCAGACAGAGGCCGUACGUCGAUAUUACGCUGCUUUCCCGGCUCUGAAGAAAGGGCAAGAGUCGCCGCUGCAGUAUUAUCUACCGCCGCCCGCCUGGUGUCGCAAGUCAGACGCAGAUCAAAAAGUCAAUAUGCAAAGUGAACUGUCUAUGAUCAGUAAAGAUUGGAACUCCAAGAAGAAGUUUUCCACUGGAAAGGAACGUCGCAACUCCUACCACGGGCAGAGAAAAAGUAACAAGAAGCGCUGCAACAGUUACAGUCGGUCUUUUGAAAGUAAGGAGAGCCUGCCAGAGUGGGUCACGCACGAGGGCGUCUGGGAUAUGGACACGCAGGACCCUGUCAAGGAGUUCAUCAGGGCUAUAGCGCUAGACGAGGGCUACGGUACAUGUGAGAACACUGUCACAGAUGAAUUGAAGGAGAUAGCUCAGGUCAAGUUCAGAUUGAACGAGAACAUGGUGCCGGCGUGGGACGACAGCCUCGAUCUAGAUACCGAGUGGGUCAUCAAUGACGACCUCAACCCGAGGGUCCGCACUCCCAUGGAGGACGAGAUGUACGCGAAGUUCGAGGCCAAGUUCGACCGCUCUAUUGAAGCUCUGUGGAAAGAUCAGAAUACUCCAGAUGACGAGUACCAGGAUCUGCCGAUAGAUUUUCAGGAUCUGCUGUCUUCGCCGUCGGACAACUUGUUCGCGGACCCAUCGGUGGAGAAGAGCAUGAUGUCCUUGACGGAGAGCAUAUGGUCGAAUGCUUCGGAGCGCGAAUCACCGUCGCGACUGGCGGAGGCGCUGCACGACCGCCUGCGGCCGCUGCAGCUGGCGGAGGCGGAAGCGGAGGCUGGAGCAGCGGCGGUCGCGGAUCCGGCCGAUUCUUUCGCAGUCUACUCCGAGGUGGACAUCUACGACGCGGCCGAGAACGUGGCCUGCACCAUGCGCUCGCUCACCGCCAUCAACCACAGCCGCGAUCGGAGCGGCUUCGUCGAGGUGCCCCCGCGCGCGCGGCCCCGGGCGGCGGCGCCGGGCGCGGCGGCCGAGCCCGCGCCGCCGCCGCGGCCCGCCUCGGACCUGCUGACGUCGGCGCGCACGCACUUCCGCCCCAUCGAGCGCGACGCCGGCGCGCGCUACCGCGACGGCGACACCUUCGACAUCCGCGGCGACCUCGACCCCGUGCCCUUCCGGCGCAGCGACUCCGGCGGCGUCUACAUCGAGGGCUGCGAGGAGCGCUACCUCGAGUACCGCGGCGACAAGACCAUCGACUACGGCCGCCUCCGGCUCACCGACGCCCAACGGUGUCCCGAUCUCGACGACGACGCGUUCAAGCUGCGCUUCCCUCUCCGGCAGCGGGACGCCGCCGUCCAGACGGACCGCGCCGAACUCUGGUGCGAGGACUGCGGCGGGUCCGCGAAGAAGAAGCGCCCGAGCGCCAUGGAGACCAUCUGGACCUGCGACGUGAUCGCCUGCGAUUCCUGUCCGGUGACCGAGCCCGUCCCGCGACCGGCGCUGCCCCCGGACGAGUUGACGCGCGACUGGGAGGAGCUGCUGUCGGACAUCAGCGCGGCGCACGCGACGCCCGCGGCGCCGGAGGCCGCGGACCGCAAGCGCCGCCACUCGGCCGCGCUGCGCUGCGCCGCCGCCUGCUCGCACCCGCACGCGCGCUUCCUCGCCUGCUGCGCGCUGCUCGACCGCCCGCUCACUCGCUAGCCCGGCGGGAAACUCGCCCAGCCCGUGCACCUCUACACUUGAAACGGAACCAUUAGGGACCCGUCAAAACUAGGAAUUUGAAAAGUACGAAAACCAGGCCUCAAAAAAGAGAUUACUUAGGCCAAAAUGGAAAAAAAUCUUUCCAUGAACAUAUAAUGACUCCCGGGUGUUCUUUUGGUUCCUUUUGCGAGUCUAUAACAGAAGAUAAUUUUCAGGAAUUGACAUUCAGUUUGAAGUGAUAAGUCUCCGUUGCGUGUGUUUUAGUAAUCAGUGUUCAUUAGUAGAGGAAUUCACCUUGCGGGAGUUAUUAAAUUCAGGUUAACGAUUCGAUUACCUAAUGUUCCGGCAGUCGAGUUUCUCGGUGCGGUGGCGAUCCGUGGAACACUCGACGGCGAAGCGAUUCGCUGUCGAAUGUGGUAGAGUGCAGAUCCUUUGUGAGUAGCAGUUUCUUCGAUCAUUGAUAGCCCCGAUAUCGCAUUGGCGAGGAUACUUUUGAGUGAAACUGUUAUACUGUAGACCUUUCAUCCGAUUGAGAACACAUCAGUAUCCGAGUUGAUGUGAUUUCGGGACGUCACUAUAGUUAAUAUUCUUUAAACGAAACCAAUCUGCAUUCUGUGUAUAUAUCGUCUUUUAUUCAUCAAGUGUAUUGUUAUUUCGAUAAAUAUCUAUGUGAGAGCAAUUUGACGCGUCCUUGACUGAUGUGGGUGUUUCGACACACUUUCGAGUUGCAUAAUGCGAAGAAAGUUAGCAAUAAAAUAGGAUUAGAGGAGCCUUGAAAGUUGAGUUUUCCGGACAGUGUUGCAAGGCUAGACAUGUGCUAACAUAUCUUAUGACUAGAUAUUGCGGGAGGAGUUUAAUGUAACAUUAAUUUUAGUUGAACAUUUUCUUUAUAGCGAUUUCAUAUUGAUGUGAUGCUGCUCGGUGGAAUGCU